UGUCACAAGUUGAAGCAGUUCUUUAUAGAGAACUUGAUCAAAAAGCUUGCAGGGACUGAUCUAUUAGCAUAGAUAGUCUUUGUUAGCUGCUACGAAUGGUAAACAGUUUGGCUUCUGAGCAAUAAAGGGAUUGUUCUUGUCAUCUGGAGACACUGCAUGGUGCACAAGUUUGUAAAUAAAAUUAUAUUAUUUACUGAGGUAAAUCCAUUCAGUUGAACAUUUUGCAUUUGUUCAUUCAGGUUUCUUUUAAACUAACUGCAGUUGUAACACAAGCACUUUUCAGCCACAUCUUUUUCUUAACUUGUAUCGUAUACAUUCUUCAAAAUGAUUAAAACUCAUAACGACUUAAUUAACAAACUAAAACAAACCCAUGAUUCUUAGAUAAAUAUUUUUUUGCAUAACAGAAAUUCCCAAACGCUUGUGCAGUUAAUAAACUGCAAGCGGGUUUGCGCCGAUAAGUUGCACUUUAGGACGUUUCCAAUCUGCUCGUGGAGAUGCGCGCGAAUAUGCAGUGUCAUUUCUGCACCACCCAUUGUUGUCCAUCCAUCUCUUCUACUCAUUCUUAGUUCGUUAUGUAAAAUUUCCCUCCCAGGCCGUCUACCAACCACAACUUGCAUGCUGUGGUGGAUAAAUAAUUCGCAUGAAUAAAUAAAUAAAUAAAUAAAUAAAUAGAUGUGGGAAGAGGCUGCAACUGAACUGCUGAUGUCAGGACUUCAGUGCAGCAUUGCACAGCGCAGACUGGAGGCGAGCCGGUUUCUGCUUCGGCGUCUUUUUCGUUUCACGCAUUUGAACAUCUGGAAACCAAGAUGUCGGUAAUCAAACGCUGCGGUCUGUUUUGCACCAUCCUGCUCUGUCUGGCUCCUGCAGUUCAUCUCAAAAAGAUAUUCAGAUGUCCUUCUGCAUGCGCCUGCUCCAAAGAGUCUAUCGUUUGUGUCGGAUCCUCCUAUGUCCCUCGCAUCAUCCCCAACGACAUCAACUCCCUGAGUAUUGUCAACGGGACCUUCCCGGAGAUCAAAGAGGCUAUGUUCUCCCACAUGCCUUCUUUGCAGUUGUUGCUUCUUAACUCAAAUUCCUUUACUGCCAUAAGAGACGACGCUUUCUCCGGUCUGCCGCAUCUGGAAUAUUUGUUCAUUGAAAGCAACAAGAUGGAGACCACAACCAAGCACGCCUUCCGGGGCCUGCGGGACCUCACACACCUGUCUUUAGCAAACAAUAAUCUCAAGGCUCUGCCGAGGGAUCUUUUUAUCGACCUGGACUCCCUGAUUGAACUCGACCUUCGGGGCAACCUGUUCGAGUGCGACUGCCGGGCCAAGUGGCUGAUGGGAUGGCUGAAGAAUACGAACGCCACGGUGUCGGACAUCUUCUGUGACGGCCCCGCGGACAUGAAGGGCAAGCGGCUGAACGACCUGGCCAGCCUGCACAGCGAGUGCAUCUCCACCGACUUUAUCCUUCAUCAGUCAGUGGGAGCAGAGUCGCUCUCCACCGACACCUUUUCGUAUAAGAACGACGUCUACGUGGCCCUCGCUGCCCCCAACGCAGAGGGCUGCAUGAUCUUGCAGUGGGACCACAUUGAGAUGAACUUCAGGACCUACGACAACAUCACAGGCCAGUCCAUCGUUGGGUGCAAGUCCGUCUUGAUCAACAACCAGAUUUUUAUCAUUGUGGCCCAGCUUUUUGGUGGCUCCCACAUAUACAAGUUUGACGAGGACCAGAACAAGUUCGCCAAGUUCCAAGACAUCGAGGUGUCCAAAAUAUCCAAGCCCAACGACAUCGAGACAUUCCAGAUAGCUGAUGAGUGGUUCUUUGUGAUUGCUGACAGCUCGAAGGCAGGCCUGUCCACGCUUUACAAGUGGAACGGCAAGGGUUUCUACUCGGUGCAAACGCUCCAUGAAUGGUUUCGGGACACGGAUGCUGAGUUUGUCAACGUGGACGGUAAGGCCUACCUUAUUCUGGCCAGCCGUUCCCAGUGUCCGAUCAUCUACCAGUGGAACAGAGGCACUCAACAAUUUGUACAGCACUUUGAAAUCCCCAACAUGGAGGAUGUAGUGGCUGUCAAUGCGUUUCAAAUGAAGGAGGAGCUUUAUCUAGCCAUGACACGCUACAUCGGGGACUCCAAGGUCCUUCAGUGGACGGCUAGGCGAUUUACAGAGCUACAAGCGCUACCCUCACGUGGCUCCAUGAUUCUGCAGCCCUUCUCCUUCAAGGAUAGGCACUACCUGGCCCUGGGUAGCGAUUACACCUUCUCACAGAUUCACCUGUGGAAUGAAGACAAGAAGGUCUUCGAGAUGUUCAAAGAGAUCUACAUCCAGGCACCUCGCUCCUUCACGCCAGUGUCCACGGACCGCCGGAACUUCAUCUUCUCCUCCAGCUUCAAGGGCAACACGCAGAUCUUUGAGCACAUCAUCAUCGACUUGAGUUUGUGAAUACAGGUCAGUUGCUCAGGGCUCCAGGAACUAGAGGACCAGAGACUUGAUGCACCUUCAUCAGAUACAAGGCUGUAUCGGUUGUUUGGUGAAGUAUCCCCAUGUCUGAUUCAUCCAUAAUAGUACCACUAAUUGACAAAAUCCUGAGCGACUAUACACCCGCUUUCACACUGUUGUAAAAAAAAAAACACCACCUUUAAAUUUCAAUGAAAGUGAAAAUGGGAAGAAAUCCUUUAAAUUAGAUAAUAAUGACCAGCAGAAUGAGAGGUGCCCAUUAAUUCUUAUCUGCAUAGGAACUGCUGAUGUGCAUUAAGGACAAAUUACAGUCCCCUCAUUAUCAUUAAUCUUUAAAAAGAUUUUGCAUUUUUUAUCAUCAUCUUUCAUCCAUUCUAUUAUGCAAUUUAAUACACUGCACACUAACAUGACUAAUUCUAAUAUACACUUACCCAUAUAACGAGCAGUUGACUUAGGUAACAUCAGUUUGUCAUAUCAUACACUGGAAUAUCGUGUAACACUGUUUUGAGAUGUACGUUCUCAAUGCACACAGACUGGCAGAAGUCAUCAUGGUCUGUUUUCAGUCUCCACCUAAAAAGGUACCUCUGAUUGCACUGAGACCUUCUGACCGUUCAGAGUCUCAGGCUGAUGUAAACUGUCUGUGAAUCCCAUUAAAAUAGCCCAUAUACAGCAGUGACCUUCUAUGUACGUCUCAGUCAGUCUUUGGGGGCAACAGCUCUCCAAAGUAUCCAAAGGUAAGACAUCUCAAUGCACGACAGCAUUUCAAAUGCCACGUGAACCAUUUCGUUUAUCGCAUCAUAAAAUCACUGGCAUCUGACUCUGAUUUCAAAGAAACAAAUCAUGAUAUUUUGUAUUACAGCAGAUUUAUUACUAAUCUUAAAAGUUCACAUAAUAUUUCACUUGCCAACUAAUGGUAUGAUUUCUGUACAGGUAAGUAAUUAGCAUGGAUUAUAUAUUUUCCCAUAAGAGCCCAUAGAUCAGCAGGAAACUUAGCAGGUAAACCACGUAAUACUCAUGUCGAUUGCCUCUUUAUAAAACGGCCGGGCAGUGCUGGAACAUUUCACCAAACUCUGGUGUAUACAGAUCCCGGCACCGGAAGAUGACUUGCGUCUUGUAAAUAAAAUAAAGAAGGAUGGACGUAAAUUAACGAAGAGUUAUCUUUGUUACUCAGGACAGUGACGAGUAAUUUCACCUAUAAAACACUGUAGGUGAACAUUGCAGCUGAAUGCCGUCGUGGAGUAAGGAAACGGCAGAACUGAACCAAGUUUUAUACGACGUUUCGGGAAGAUCGUUGGAACUGACAACACGGCAACUAUUAUAAUUCAUAAUAAUGAUAAUAACAGUCAUGAAGUAUGCGCUGCGGUCCUCACACUUUUUGUAUCAAUAAUAUGAUUUCGUGCAUCUUGCGUUACCCUGGAAAUGUAGCUAUUCUUCCAAACUGUAUGAAAUGUAAAUGAACAAUGCUUAUGAUGCAAUAAAAACCACUGAGAAUGAACAA